CGUUCUUUAAAUCCUUGUCAAAAUUAGUUUAUGCGCUCUCAGGCUCCGCUCUCCUCCUCCUCUUCGUCUCUUACAUUGUCUCCUUGCUUCGAUCACUGCUUCGUUUUGCCUUUUCUUGAUCUCGAAGAAGCGGGAAGAGGGGGAAUGAUGGCUCGGCGGGCGUCGUCUCCUGCUUCUCCGGUGACGAUCACCGUGUCUUCGUCCGGCGGGAAGGGAGGUGGGGAUGGGGCCCUCAGGCGGAGCAUCGGCUUGACGAGCCCGGUCCCGCGCCACUCCUUCUCCAACACCCCUGACUCCCCAGCGGCCGCCGCCAGGCGGAGCAGCCACCGUGUCUCCAGCGACGGCGGCGGCGGAAGGUACUGCUCCAUGGCUGCUAACGACGAGAGUCAAGAACUGACCUCCGAGUUUGUCCGCUACACCGUCCACAUCCCGCCGACCCCCGACCGCCAGGCGGCGGCGGAGGUGGAGGCCGAGGAGGCCCUCGAGCCGGAGUCGCGGCCCCAGCGGAGUUACAUCUCCGGCACCAUCUUCACCGGUGGGUUGAACUGCGUCACCCGCGGCCACGUCAUCGAGUGCUCCGCGGACGGCGCCUCGGUGGCCAAGUCCACCGGGAUGUUCUGCAAGAUGAAGGGCUGCGACGGCGGGGCGUUCCUCAGCGGAUCCAAGCCUCCGUGCGAGUGCGGGUUCAUGAUAUGCAAGGACUGCUACCUGGAGUGCGCCGGGAGCGGCGGGGGUCAGUGUCCCGGGUGCAAGGAGCCCUACGGGACGGUGACCGACGACGAGGACUCGGCAUCGGAGACCGAGGACCGACCCCUUCCCCUGACCUCCAUGGCAGAGUUCAAGGCCGGGAGGAGGCUCUCGAUCGUGAAAUCGAUGAAAGGCGCCCCGAACCAGGGAGGGGAUUUCGACCACAACCGCUGGCUUUUCGAGACCAAGGGCACUUACGGCUACGGGAAUGCGGUGUGGCCGAGAGAUGGGAACGGCGGUGGUGGCGUGGGGUUCAAGGGGUUCGAGGAGCCGCCCGACUUCGAGGGAAGAUGCAGGAGGCCGCUUACAAGGAAGAAGGGAGUGUCCCAAGCAAUUCUCAGCCCAUACAGGUUGCUCAUCUUCAUUCGCCUCGUCGCCCUCGGCCUCUUCCUGACCUGGAGAAUCCGGCACCCAAAUCACGACGCUAUAUGGCUAUGGGCCAUGUCUGUGGCCUGCGAGGUCUGGUUUGCCUUCUCUUGGCUGUUAGACCAGCUUCCCAAGCUCUGCCCAGUGAACCGCGCCACCGACCUCUCGGUUCUCAAGGAGCGCUUCGAGUCCCCAAGCAUCCGCAAUCCCAAAGGCCGGUCCGAUCUCCCUGGAGUAGAUGUCUUCGUCUCCACUGCAGAUCCAGAGAAGGAGCCCCCUCUCGUCACGGCAAACACCAUCCUCUCCAUCCUCGCCGUCGACUACCCUGUCGAGAAGCUUGCUUGCUACCUGUCAGACGACGGCGGUUCUCUUCUCACGUUUGAAGCUCUUGCGGAGACGGCAAGCUUCGCGAGGAUUUGGGUCCCCUUCUGCAGGAAGCACGCCAUAGAGCCGAGGAAUCCCGAGGCCUACUUUGGCCAGAAACGCGACUUCCUAAAGAACAAAGUCCGGCUGGACUUCGUCCGAGAGAGGAGGAAGGUGAAGAGGGAGUACGAUGAGUUCAGAGUGCGUAUAAACUCUCUGCCGGAAUCCAUCAGGAGGCGGUCCGACGCUUACAAUGCCCACGAAGAGCUACGAGCUAAGAAGAAGUGGGAGGAGGUGAAGGAGGACGUCUCUGAGCCCACCGAGUUCGUCAAGGCAACCUGGAUGUCCGACGGAUCACACUGGCCUGGGACAUGGUUUUCGGCUGCGGCAGAUCACUCCAGAGGCGAUCAUGCCGGUAUCAUUCAGGUAAUGCUUGCUCCUCCCAACUCCGAACCAGUGAUGGGCACCGCCGCGACCCAAGAGAACAACCUCGUCGACACCACCGACGUGGACGUCAGACUCCCGAUGCUCGUCUACGUCUCGCGGGAGAAGAGACCGGGAUACGAUCACAACAAGAAGGCGGGCGCCAUGAACGCUCUCGUCAGGACGAGCGCCAUUAUGUCGAACGGCCCCUUCAUCCUCAACCUGGACUGCGAUCACUACAUCUACAACUCCUUGGCUCUGAGAGAAGGCAUGUGCUUCAUGCUCGACCGGGGCGGCGACAGGAUCUGCUACGUCCAGUUCCCUCAGAGGUUCGAGGGCGUCGACCCCAGCGACAGAUACGCCAACCACAACUUGGUCUUCUUCGACGUCACCAUGAGGGCCAUGGACGGACUGCAAGGCCCGAUGUACGUCGGCACUGGCUGCAUCUUUCGAAGGACGGCCCUCUACGGGUUCAGCCCGCCCCGUGCCACCGAGCACCAUGGAUGGUUCGGAAGGAAGAAGACCAAGCUUUUCCUGCUGAGGAAGCCCACGAUGGGGAAGAAGCAUGACCGAGAGGAGAACGACAUCGUACUGCCGCCCAUCGGAGAUGACGACCUCGACGAAGGGGAUGUCGAGUCGGCGCUUCUGCCGAAGAGGUUUGGGAGCUCGGCCACCCUGGUGGCGUCCAUUCCGGUAGCUGAAUACCAAGGUAGACUGCUGCAGGACAUGGCCGGAGCUGGACAGGGCAGGCCGGCCGGCUCUCUGGCGGUGCCGCGGGAGCCGCUCGACGCCGCGACGGUCGCCGAAGCGAUCAGCGUCAUCUCCUGCUUCUACGAGGACAAGACGGAGUGGGGCGGGCGAGUUGGGUGGAUCUACGGCUCGGUCACGGAGGACGUGGUGACGGGUUACAGGAUGCACAACCGGGGGUGGAGGUCCAUCUACUGCGUCACCAAGCGCGACGCUUUCAGAGGAACAGCUCCCAUAAACCUCACCGACAGGCUGCAUCAGGUGCUCCGAUGGGCCACGGGCUCCGUCGAGAUCUUCUUCUCGCAGAACAACGCGCUCUUCGCCAGCAGGCGGAUGAAGUUCCUGCAGCGGGUGGCCUACUUCAGCGUCGGCAUCUACCCCUUCACCUCCAUCUUCCUCACCGUCUACUGCGUGCUACCGGCGAUCUCCCUGUUCACAGGCCAGUUCAUCGUGCAGUCUCUGAGCAUAACAUUCCUAAUCUUCCUCCUGGCCAUCACCCUCACUCUCUGCUUGCUGGCGCUGCUGGAGAUCAAGUGGUCGGGGAUCACACUGCACGAGUGGUGGAGGAACGAGCAGUUCUGGUUGAUCGGAGGCACCAGCGCGCACCCCGCUGCGGUGCUCCAAGGCCUGCUGAAGGUGAUUGCCGGGGUGGACAUAUCGUUCACCCUGACGUCGAAGCCGGCGACCGACGACGGGGAGGACGCCUUGGCGGAGCUGUACAUGGUGAAAUGGAGCUAUCUGAUGGUUCCCCCGAUCACGAUCAUGAUGGUGAACACGAUAGCCAUAGCCGUGGGGAUUGCGAGGACGAUGUACAGCCAAUUCCCGCAGUGGAGUAAGCUUGCGGGAGGGGUGUUCUUCAGCUUCUGGGUGCUGUGCCAUCUGUACCCGUUUGCUAAAGGGUUGAUGGGGAGGAGGGGGAAGGUGCCGACCAUCGUGUUUGUGUGGUCUGGGUUGAUCUCCAUUGUGGUGUCUUUGCUCUGGGUGUACAUCAGCCCCCCAGCUGGGGCAAGAAGGGAUUACAUGAGCUUCCAGUUUCCUUGAUUGGUGGAAGCAGCAGCAGCAGCAGCACAUUCUUCUACCUGCAAACAGAUGCUUGUCUGCAAUGUAACAGAAGAGAGUUGUUCAUGAAGUUCUGGUUCAUGAAAUGUUUACUGGUUUAGUACGUGUACAUCUUUUAAUUAGAUGGUUGUUCUGUCAAGAUUAUGCUAGAAUUGCAUUAAGAUCAAUGUGUAUCUUUAUUCUUUUCUCUUU